AAUACUUACAUAUAUCGGCACUUGUCCGCUUCCCCACCUGCCGCCUUCCUCCGUUUCCGCCGCGCUCUCUCUCGUUACAGCGCACGACUACGGAUCGUUUCCCGUCGCUCUCCGAUAACACUCAACACGACCCUCGGGCAGCAAAACCCACGCCGCCAUCUCUAUCCAAAUCCCUUCUUCCUUCUCGGAUUCGGGGCGUCGUCGUGAUGCCCGGCGGUGAGGCGGUGGCGAUCGCUGUGCGGUCGGUGGAGCCCGCACCCUCUGACCGCCAGGCCGGCGCCGAGUGGCGAGAGGAGAGGGACGUGGAGGCCGGUGUCGGCGGAGUUAAGAAGGGUGAGAGUGAGAAACUGUGUCGGAUUUGCCAAUUGGGCUCCUGCGUUGGAGGAUCGGAGGCGUCGGAGUUGAUCCAGCUGGGGUGCGCCUGCAAAGGGGAGCUCGGCAGCGCGCAUCGGCCCUGCGCCGAGGCCUGGUUUCGCGUAAAAGGCAACAGGAGCUGCGAAAUUUGUGGUGUCAAUGCGAAAAACAUCAAUGGCGAAGAGGACAUCAGUUUCAUGGAGAGAUGGCAUGAGAGGAGAACAUUGAGAAGGGGCGGUGAUGCCACUUCUGAGACAAGCCGGUGGUGGGGGAAUCAACGGUUCUGUAAUUUUUUGAUCGUGUGCUUGGUGAUAGCAUUUGUUCUUCCAUGGUUUUUCCAUAUAAGAGUGCUUUGAGAUGGCACCUGCACUGCAAUUGCUUGGUUGUGAAGAAUGGAAGCUGGACGAUCCUUUAUGGAUUUGAUGCGCACAACUUAAGGGGCCAGAGUUGAUGCUACAGUAAGUUUUCUGCUGCUGCCUUUGUGGAUAGCAAAAACAUGUGCACCAGUAAUUUGGUGGACAUGAAAUAGAAAUAGGGUUAUGUGAAAAUGUUGUUCAUCAAAGUGAUAUUUUGGUUAAUGCCUAUGUUGUAUACAACAAUAAAAUCCGUAAGUCUCAAUUAUUUUUUUUAA